AUGUCCCUGGGAAGUCGAAUUCUAAACCGAGGCAGGGCCGCACUAUCUGCAAAUCUCGCCUCGACUCCCAGGGAGCCUUUACUCUUCCUUUAUCCCCAAUGGAUCAGAAAAUCUUCAACCGCUGCGGAGACAGCUUCUAGUCAGGAUGGCAGAUUGCCAGUCCGGUCAAUUCAGCCAAAUGUACCACGGCAGCCUCUUCCAUCAAAUACUGCGUCUGCGAACGACGAUGAAAUCUCUUUACAGCUGCGCUUCGACAAACCGAAAGCAGACCCUUCAAACGUGCCAACAAAUUCGAACGCUCCAGCGAUGACUACGAAAAUCAAAGCCAGAUUAGAACCCAGAAUUGAUCACUCCAGGAACUCGGAAGAGGACAGUUCUCGGAACCAUGACCCUUCGGUCAUCGAACGACAAGUUCGCAGAAUCCGGCAGACAGAAGAGAAUGCCAAAAGAAAUGAACUUGCGGAUCGAGGAAUACGGAAUGCAUAUCACACUUGGAGAAGAGAAGAAUUGAGGUCAUGGUUACCCGAUUGGCGUAUCAUUCUUGCCGACUUGAUCAAGCAUACGCCACAGCAAGGGAAAUGGCUGGACGAAGCACUAGAACUUGUUAUUCCUCUGGAAUCAUUACCUCGAUUGGUACAUGGAAUUGAUGAUUACAUUUUGGACAUUGGAUUUCAGCACGGUGUCUCUAUCCGACUGGGGGAUCGAGAUGAAGAUACGCAGCAGUACCGUCGUUUCAUUGUUUCUGGACCUGCAACUUCAAUCAGUAAAACAACGGCAGACGUUCUACGAAUUGCACCAACCACGGAGAUGAAAACCACUUCAAAACUGAUACCUCAGAAAACAGAUGAUCUAGCUCUCGAAGCGGCUGCGGAGAAGGAGACUUCUCUCAUAACCCAAUCAGAUGAGCCAGAAGUCAACGUACGAUAUACUUUAUUGGACCUUCGGCCCAUGAAACUGAAGGUACUACCCGAGCAGAUUCCGAGGCCAAAGACUUGGACUCACGUGUCUUUCCUCGACUAUAUUCGAGUUUUGACAGCAUCAAAUAUGCCCAAUCAUCUCAAUCGGUUUGGCUUUAGGGCGGUUAAAGAUCAUAAUACUGCCGUGACCGAGAUCAUACGAAACCUAUUCAAAGACCCGGAAUGCAAACAUGCCAUAUCAAGAACGGCAUGUAAUGAAGCUAUGCAAUACUUUGUCAAGAUCAACCGGCUCGAGGAUGUUAGAGUGCUUUUUGUUCACAUGGAGAUGUUGAAAUUGGCGAUGGUUCCUGAGACUUUCAAUAUCAUGUUGCGAGGUGCUGCGAAAAACGAGGACCUCCAUAACUUUCACUUCAUAUUACAUCUUAUGUUACGGCGAGGCUUCGCCCCAAAUGGCAACACAUGGAUAGCUUUCAUGAUGGCCCACCCAGACGUUCGCGUUAAGCUACACAUGCUGGCAGCAAUGAAAGCUAAGGGACUCACAUCUCACCCGUCGAUAAUGAAGGAAGUAUCUCAACAGCUAGUCCAACCCGAAAUCAACUCAUCCCUUGAGCAGAACCUGAGCCAGGCGCAAUUCGUAGCUCACAUGGAUUCUCGAUACGGACCAGACUGGCUCAGCCUUGACAGUGCAAACCGAGCUUUACACUCCCUUGGAGCUCGAGGAUUGAUAUCUCGCUGUUGGGAGUUCCUCAACUUUAUGAGCUCACGUUUCAUCCAAUACGACAACUACUCCAUAAACACCAUUCUUCACCAUUGCAAGCAAGCAACAAAUCUCACUGGUGCAGUUGAACUCUUGCGCAGUCUUCCGACCAGAGGAGAUUUUGGGUUUGUGCCAGACGAAGAAACAUACCGCAUCCUGUUCGAACUUGCUUGGCGCUCGAGGAGCUAUAACUUGGCAAGAGUGAUAUGGAGAUAUGCCUGCCUCUCAGCUGCGACGACUCGCACAAUGAGAACGCGUGUUUUCACAAGCAUGUUGUAUGCGGGUUACAAAGACCUUCAACCCACGCCGAGAGAGAGGUGGAAGCAGUUUGCUGGCCCGGUCAUUUUUGGUGCUAACCAUCACGACGAGCAUCCCACUCAUCUCUGGGCUAAGAUGAACCCGGAAGAGAUUGCUUCAGGAUCCGGAUCGACUCCCGACAAGAUUAAUCAUGGAGACAAAGAUGGCUUCGGUACAAGGGAUGAGCUGAAGCUCAAACUCCUCCAGGAUCUCGAGACAUAUAAAGAGUGGAGGCCUGUUAAGCCAUUUUCAGAAAUGUUGGUUGAAGCCUUGGAGAGUGAUACCCGGUGGAGGGGAAAUGGUGACUAUGCGGAGAUGGAUAUGCAGUCUUUGAUCCGAAAGGUUAUUUCGGUUCCGAUAGCCAUGAAGAAAGGUUAUGUUAGUCAGGGAGAGCAUGAAUGGAAAUGA